AUGACCACCAUUGAUAAUGUGCUCUGGUCGAGCGUUGAGGACCAAGCGCUGCGCACCGCCAUUGCCGUCCACGGCGGCUGCCACUGGGACCUCAUUGCGCGCAGUUGCCCGCGGCGAUCAGCACUAAAAUGCAAGCAGCGCUGGAAGCUGCUGCAGACGCGCGGUGCCAACAAGCGGGUGUGGGAUGCUCGCGAAGAUAGAUUGCUGGCGGCGCUCGUGCACCAGCACGGGCCAAGCAAGUGGGCGCUUCUCGCGUCGCACCUCGUGCACCGCAACGCCAAGCAGUGCCGAGAGCGCUGGCACAAUCAACUCGACCCGACCAUUCGCCACACCGAGUGGACUGGCGCCGAAGACCGGUUGGUCUUGCUGCGACAGCACGAGCUCGGCAACAAGUGGUCUGCGAUUGCCGACGAGAUGCCGGGCCGCACGGACAAUGCAGUCAAGAACCGAUGGCACGCGUCCAUCAAGCCCAAGCACAUCACGACGGCGACGACGACGCCAGCGACGGGCGUGCUGUUUGCCGACUGGGCGCCGCUCGCGGCCGUCGACUGGACCUUCUUUUCGUUUCCUUAA